GUGGGUUUUUAGACUCGCCUCAGGUGCUGGAUUACUCCAAAACUCACGACGUGUACACAAACCUCAGCUUGUUUACCCCGGCCCCCGACGAAGAAGCUAUGCCGUACUGCUCGGCGCAGUCACCGAUAUUCGUUUCUGAGUUUGAGCUGAGUCAUCUGAGGUACGGAGCCAGGCAGCUUGGGACAACGUGACAUCUUGAAAAACCUGAAGAAUGCAGAUGUUACCCUAAUGGAUCAUAUGGGCCCAUGAAUCCAUUGGGUAUGGAAGGAGACGACAGGAGUGAAACUGUUGCACAUUAUCUUAAUCAUACCCUUAUGUCCAAAUUUAGAUUUGAUUCUUUGGAAUUUAAGGAUUAUUGCUACAGAAUAUUACUCUGCAAUACAAAGAGCCCAAAUUCCAUUACAGAAAACAAAACUCUGCCUUUGUGGGAGAACAAAAGGGAUUAAUUCCCUUUCUUGUGUUUUCCUUGGAACAAUGAUCUUUAGUUGAAAUCCAGCCUGAAUAUAACAUUUCUUUAGCAAGCUCCAGUUGUCAUCAAAUCAGCGGUUAAUGGUGCUUUAGUUAAAAGAGCUGAUAAUCUGGGAGUUCAUAUAUCUAAAAAGCAACAUAAACUACAGGUUAAAAACAACCUUGGACUGAAAUGUGGUAGUUUUAAAGACAGAAUAGGAAAUUGUCUGCAUAGAAGUAGGUAAUAACAUCAUAAAACCUUAACUGUAAAUGUGACCUAGAUUUGUGGACCCACAGCAUGAUUCUCUGAAGAACUACACUAAUAUUUUGGGUACAAAGCUAUGGCAAUGUUUUCUAGAUUCGUACUUGAGGGUAAUUCAGUCAAAAUCAAAUUCCCCCUGCAUUUUAGAUACUGAGGGAAGGACUGGAAAGUGGUACCUCGGAAAUGUGAGGUGUACCAACUUCUACAUACUAGCAAAAUGUUUCCCAGUUCUGAAUCUUACACCAAAUUUAGUCCCUGAGCCUUGUUAGUGCUCAAAAAAAACCAAACCCAAACAAAAAACAACCCAACCCCAAAACCCAGUGGAGGGAUGUUGUUUCUGUGUCAGUUAAACAGGAUGUGGGUGAGUGCAGGCUUCAUUUUUUUUUUUUCAUUAAAAUUAUAGCACAGGCUCGAGUAUGGAAUGGGUUGUAAGAAAUAUCUUCUGGACUCACCUGCUGAAGUGCUUAGACUGAAGACACGUGUACCUUUCCCUGCUUAAAUGAAAGUUGGUCCGUUAACCAUCACCUUCAGGGUGAUCCCUACUGAAAGAAUGAUCAUCAAAAAAAAUCCUUUUGUUCAACCUGGUGGCCGCUACAGGCCACCUCACUGCUUGGCCCGCUACAAGUCAGCCAUCCUCAUAGCCUACAGGAACCAGGAGAAGUACCUUCACCAUCUUCUCUACUAUAUUCAUCCAUUCUUGCAGCGCCAGCAGCUCAGUUACAGUAUCUACUUGAUUCAGCAGGUGGGGAAUGGUACAUUUAACCGAGCAAAGCUGCUUAACGUUGGUGUCAGGGAAGCCCUGAAGGAUGAAGACUGGGACUGCCUCCUCCUGCACGAUGUCGACCUUGUACCUGAGAAUGAUUAUAAUCUCUAUGUUUGCGAUGAAUACUAUCCCAAGCAUAUGGCUAGUGCCAUGGACAAGUUUCAGUACACCCUACCAUACAAGUCCUUUUUUGGGGGUGUAUCUGCUCUGACUCCAGAACAUUACAUGAAGAUGAAUGGGUUUCCAAACACAUACUGGGGCAGUGGUGGUGAAAAUGAUGACAUUGCUACAAGGAUUCGUUUGGCGGGAAUGAAAAUAGUCCGGACAUCACCUCACCUUGGGCGCUACAAAGUGAUGGACUACGAUGAUGAGGCAGAGAGACAGGAGCUGUGGAGAAGGCCUGCUUCCCGACACAACACCCAAAAAACGUGGAAAGAUGACGGAAUGAAUUCAUUGGAGUUCAAGCUCCUUUCCAGGACAAAGCAUCGUCUUUAUACCAACAUCACCGUGGACAUUGGAUAUGUUCCCCCGUUUUCCUAAGAGAAUGAAAACAAAAGCAGAGUUUGGGCUCGGCCUGGCAGCAUGCAUACAGGUGCUCUGCCACGACCUCCUCUUGUCCUGUGGAGCCUUCACCACCUGAGGCGGCUGCUCCUCUUUCAUACAUUUCACUGUUCUGUUUAAGAUUUAGAAGAAAAGGCUUCAGGAACGGGGUACGAGAGCUAAUAAACAGGCUCUGACUUACCCGAAAAGUCGUCAAAAGCACUGUCAAACUGAGCCAGACCCGCCUCCUGGGCCGGGGGGAUCGAGGUCUCCGUGACAGUGAGCUGACCCUGGGUUUCUGGACCCUGUGUUCCACAGCUGGAUCGCUCUGUCCUGCUUUCUAUUGAAGUAUUGAUCGGGACGCAAGCUGUUCUGUCUGGGCCCCUGAGGGGUGAAGCCAGUUACAGUUCUGUAAAUAUCUGUUGUGAAUUCACUAAAAUAAAUGGAGUUAUGUGUUUGGGUUAA